AUGGACCACAUAUCAGAUAUUAAACUGAUAAGAACAGAUACUACACUUGAUCUUAGCCAAAAGGCCGAGAAAGGUAUUCUUCUUGAAGACUUAUUCCUAGUGCAAAGAUCCUUUCUGCCCAAUGCGCUGAAUUAUAAGAUUAUAGUUCCUUCUUUGAAGAGAUUAUCUUUGAUUGCCCCAUUGAAACUUAAUAAUGUCAGUGAAGUUGUGAUAGAUACUCCACUAUUAAAAUCCUUGCAAAUUAUAAAUCGUUCAGGUAGCCUUUCAUUUAGCGAACCAAUGAACAACAGUGAGGUACUCAAGGCCAAUAUUGAUGUUAUUCUCAAGCGUCCCGAGAAGCUUCUGCAUUCUCUUGCUUCUAUCGUGCAUAUUCGUUUAUGUUUAUCAGACUCAGAGGUGGUGUAUCCUCAUGGUUGUUGCUUCCAUAGACUCAAAUAUUUGGAGGUAUGUACAUGCAAAUCGGAGUGGUUUUUACUAUUUAUGCGUCUGCUCCAAGAUUCACCUGUCUUAAAGGUUAUCAAAAUCAAUCAGUGUCAUCCUGCUAUAAAUCCCCAUCAUCAUCAGUCCAACCAACCGGUUUCUGUUCCAAGAUGUUUGUCCUCGAAUCUUGAAAUCUUUGAGUGGAUAAAAUACGAAGGAACACAACACGAGAGAGAACUUUCGACGUACAUCUUGAAAACCGCAGUUUUCUUAAAGAAGGCGAGCUUCACUGCUAGAUCCGAUGGUUACAAGGAGAAACUGCAGAUGCUUCAGGAGUUAUCUUUUUCACGAAGGGCUUCAUCCACUUGUGAGCUUGUGUUUAACUAAAAGACCUAAACUCUACUCGGAUGCUUUCUCAACAAGUCAUCUUCUCGUGUUAUUUUGACUCCAAAUUUUUAUCUGCAUCAAUUUAUGUUAUUC